UAAAUUAAGUGCAAGUGCAUUUAUAAAAAUACAAAGACCGUUUUUGUCUUGUAGUUGGUUGAAUAAGCCAAUAAAAUUCAGUAUAAAUUCUAUUCGCUAUCCUUCAAAUAAUUUGGCUAAACAUGAUCUAUCUGUAAUACUCACACAGAAAUGACGCAUAUUAUUAUUUAAGUAUUGGAUAAACAACACACUUAAUUUUACUUACAUGUUUACGUUGGAUCUGUCAGGAAAGAGGCAACAACAGCGACAGCGAAGCAUAAUUGUUUGUUGCUGUGCUGAUAAAAUACAAUAAGCGAGAAGUCUUGAGACGUGUUAGUCACCACGCCUUUUGCGGUCGCAUACAAUAACUAGGGCUUGCGCGCAGCAGUACCCACAUUAUGCCGAUAUUAUAUAGUGUUAUAGCCCGUGGCACGACGGUGCUGGCAAAGUUUGCUGAAUGUGUAGGAAAUUUUGCAGAAGUAACGGAACAAAUUAUGGGAAGAAUUGGCGUGCAUAAUCAUAAAAUGACCUACACGCACGGCGAUUAUUUGAUACAUUAUACUUGCGAAAAUAAGAUCAUUUAUAUGUGCAUAACCGAUAACGAAUUCGAACGCUCACGCGCUUUUCUCUUCUUGGCGGACAUCAAGCAAAAAUUCAUACAGACUUAUGGCCUACAAGUUGCUACUGCAAUUGCCUAUGCCAUGAAUACGGAGUUCUCUAAAACUUUAUCCCAACAAAUGGUCUACUUUAGUCAAUCGCGAGAAGUGGAUACCAUAUCUCGGGUUCAUGGUCAAAUUGAUGAGCUAAAAGAUAUUAUGAUUAAAAACAUUGAUAGUCUGCGCGAUCGCGGCGAGAAACUGGAGUUGUUGGUUAACAAAACAGAGAAUUUAAGCAAUAAUUCGGUUGCAUUCCGCAAGGCAUCGCGCAAUCUGGCGCGUCAAAUGUUCUGGAAGAACAUUCGAAUCUAUGUUGUCGUCGGCCUAGUAAUCAUAUUUGUAAUCUAUGUAAUUGUAAGCAUGGCAUGCGGUGGCCUGGCUUGGCAGUCGUGCCUUCAAUAAUAAUUUGGCAAUGCAAAC